AUAAGAUUGAUGGGUCGGGGCCAACUUGAAUUCACAGGUUUCUCUUCACUGUUGCCACCUGCGGGCACUGUAUUACUCAUCCGGCAAAGCUCUGCUAACUUUAUUUGCCUCCGUCCUUUUAACAGAUAACUUCGGCCUUGACAUCUCCAGUCAACGCUUUCCUUCCGCCUGCGUCACUGCGGGUUCUAUUUGCCCCUUCUCUGUCACUUCUCAUUUUCUUGCACUUUCCGAAGUCGCUGUAUUUCAAAAAGCGCACCAUAAAGAACCUCUCUUGAGGACCGUUCACAAGUUGCCCCACCUGUAUGUCCUUAGUUUGCCCACACCUAACUACUUCCCAUCAUGUUGGAAACAGCACCGGCGACUCGUUCACAGACUGGUCGUCACCGAGGAAGAGGCAGGAAUCGGGGCUCGGGGAGAGGCCGUCACAAUGCGCCCAGACAUUCAGAUGCCGCCACGGAGAGAAACCAGGCCGCGCGGCCAUCACCGUCUCCGAGUCGACCUGAACCAGUUGUCGCGGCUUCGAGUGGAAUCGAACAGGCAGCGCCUCCACGGGAUGGGCAAUCCUCGAGGGAACGAGGGCGAGGCAGGGGCAGGCAGGGCGGCGGGAGGCGUGGAAGGGGCGGUACCGGUCAACGAUCCAUGGUGGUCUCCCACCGGGGAGGGCGAGGGCCGCCCCAGGUCCCAGGUCCGGGAGGCAGCGGCUCGUCAGAACCAGGAUUGCGCGUUACUGCGCCCGAGUUCGUGCCGGGGCAACCGGUGGCAGUGGCUGGGUUGACCACCUCUUCAGCAUCGACUACUGCCACGGCUCUCGGUGAUCGAAGCUCCCGGCGACAAGCCGCUGCUCCGGCGCAGAAGCAACGAGCAGGACCUCCAAGCAGAGUGCCGAAAUCCACGGCACCAGACCUGACCACUCGUAUCCACGAGGACAUCAAUAAUCACGAGUACGAGUGCGUCAUCUGCACGAACGAGGUGCUUCGAAACUCAAAGGUGUGGGCCUGUCCCAUCUGCUGGACAGUCACCCACCUCCACUGCGUGAAGAAAUGGCACGCAAAUCAAGCGAAGGAGAAGCAGGAAGACCAGGAGAGAGGGCAAAACCAGGAGAUCAAGGACUGCUGGCGGUGUCCGGGUUGCAAUUCUACCCUGAUCGAGCAGCCUGGGCCAUAUCGCUGCUGGUGUGGCAAGGAUACCGACCCGAAGCCCAUUGCAGGGCUUCCUCCCCAUUCCUGCGGCCAAACUUGCUCGAAAUCGAGGGAUACGUGCCCGCACAGAUGCUCGCUAAUGUGCCACGCCGGGCCUUGCCCACCAUGUACGUUGAUGGGCCCGACUCAGGCCUGCUUCUGCGGCAAGAACACCUCAACCAAACGUUGCAGCGAGACCGACUACGGAAAGGGAUGGAGCUGUCAAGAGCCUUGCGGCGAUUUACUUCCUUGUGGCCAGCACACGUGCACUCAGCCAUGCCACGCCGGACUUUGCGGAGCGUGCGAGAUCCCGAUGCUCUCCGCCUGUUAUUGUGGCAAGGAACAGCGGGAGAUGCCCUGUAGUCAGCGCGACGACGUCCUGGAGUCCUUCGACCAUGGGCAACGGAAGUCGACAUCACCCAGCCCUGAAUCGGACUCGGGCCGGUGGUUCGAAGGCUCAUUCCGCUGCAGCAAUCUUUGCAGCAGGCCAUACGACUGCGGGCUUCAUACCUGCCAAAAGCCCUGUCACCCGCAGGACGAAGCAACAGCCCACUGCCCGUUCUCCCCCGACGUAGUGACCCACUGUCCUUGCGGCAAAACCACACUCGAGUCGAUGUCUGUGGCACCAAGACAGGCCUGCCAAGAUCCCGUCCCUCAUUGCGACAAGCCAUGCAAUAAGGUUCUGGCUUGUGGUCACCGGUGCCCGGACCGAUGUCAUACCGGUUCUUGCGCGCCUUGCACCCAACAUGUCGACGUAACGUGCCGAUGCGGGAGAACAACGGGGCGCUCCAUGUGCCAUCAGGGGCAUGUGGAGCACCCACUCUGCUUCCGGGUUUGCAGAACCAAGCUCAACUGCGGGAGACACGAAUGUAGCGAGCGCUGCUGCUCCGGCGAAAGGAAGGCGGCGGAGAGGCGGAAACAGAAACGGACUAGCGCCGACGAGAACUACGAGCCGGAACACAUCUGUCUGCAGGUUUGCGGUCGGCCGUUGAAGUGUGGCAUGCACACUUGCCAGCAGCUAUGCCACAAGGGCCCAUGCAUGUCAUGCCCUGAAGCUAUCUUCGACGAGAUCAGCUGCUCCUGCGGCCGGACUGUGCUCCAGCCCCCGCAGCCAUGCGGGACGAAGGUGCCCGAGUGCCGAUUCCCGUGCACCAGACCUCGUCCUUGUGGCCACCCGGCUGUACAGCAUCAAUGUCACUCCGACGACACACCCUGCCCUAAAUGCCCCUUCCUGGUGGAGAGGCCUUGUAUUUGCGGCAAACAAACGCUCAGGAACCAGCCCUGCUGGUUCGAGGACGCGAGGUGUGGUCUACCUUGCGGUAAAAAGCUCAAGUGCGGAGCUCACGAAUGCAGGAAGCCAUGCCACAAGCCCGGGGAGUGCGAAGACGCCGAAUUCUCGGGCUCACAUUGUCCCCAGCGGUGUGGCAAGACCCGGAAAUCCUGCGAACAUGCCUGCGAGGAGCAGUGCCAUGCUCCUUAUCCGUGCAAAGAGGAUAAGCCAUGUCAAUAUAAGACCUUCAUCACUUGCCCUUGCCAGCGCCGCAAACAGGAGGUCCGGUGCCAGGCUACAAAGUUGAGCCCAUGGUCUACCAGAGAGACGACUUUGGAGUGCGACGACGAGUGCCUGCGGCUCCAGCGGAAUCGGAAGCUAGCUGAGGCUCUAGAUAUCGACCCCGACGCACACAGCGAUGACCACAUCCCAUAUGGUGAUUUCACGCUCAAGUUCUUCCGUGACAACACCAAGUGGGCACAGGAGAAAGAGCGCGAAUUCCGCGACUUCGCUGCUGCACCGGAGGAGAAGCGCCUGCGGUUCAGGCCGAUGCCAUCCCACCAGCGGGCGUUCCUGCAUGCCCUCGCUGAGGAUUUCGGUCUCGACUCGGAGAGCCAGGACCCGGAGCCGCAUCGCCACGUCUGCAUCUUCAAGACCCCGCGGUUCGUGUCCGCGCCGCACAAGACGCUGGCGCAGUGUCUCCGCAUCGCCAAAGCAGCCUCCACCCUCGCCGCCGGCGCUUCGUCGCUGCGGCCUGCCGCUGCUGUUGAGAAGCAAGCUCCCCAGCAAGCCUUCAACGCGCUGCUGCUCAGGAACCCGCGCUUUGGCCUGACGAUCGACGAGCUCAACGCAGCCUUGUCCACGCAUCUUGCCUCCUCCUCCCGCAGCACGGGGCCGGCGCUGACCUACACAACCAGCUUCCUCCCUUCCUCGGAGAAAGUGCUCAUCAAGGCGACCCCGGUCCUCACAGCCGCCGCCGUCGCGACCUCACUCGCGCCCACUCCGCAGGAGGUCGAGUCGAUCCUGUCGAAGCUCAAGGUUGCUGUUGCGCAGACCGUGUCCCGCCUGGGUUUGGCCGGCGCCGUGUCGCUGUGCCACGUUGAUACUGUCUUGGGACAGCAUGUCAUUACACGGGGGGAAGAUCAGCCUGCGGCUGGCGAUGCUAGUGGGUGGAGCGCAGUUGCUAGUCGCGGGUCGUGGAAGAAGGUGGCGAGGAUGCGGGCGCCGGCGGCCGCUGCGCUGCAGCCGGCUGUUGCGAGCGGGUUUGUGGCGCUGAGGAAGUUGGAGGUGAAGAAAAAGAACAAGAAGGAAGAGGCGGCGCCGCAAGAGAAGGAGGAGGCAAAGGAGGAGACGGUGGUGGAUGAUUGGCGUGCUGCGGCGGAAGAGGAAGAAGAGAAGGGCAAGACUGAUGGAUCAGAGAGCGGUGGCCAGGGGAGUGCCAGUGAAGAUGGGUCCGUUGAGAACGGGAGAAAUGAUAGUAGUGCUGCUACUGUUCAGAGAGCGGAAGGAGGAGAAGGGCAAGAUGAGACUAGACAAGGGGGGCUGAAGCAGGUCGAACCGGAAAAUGCUGUUCCUGGCGUUGCUAUGGAUGUAUAGACCUCCGCAGAGAAGGUUUGGGGCAUAUUAGACUGCAAAUCCCGAUAGUCGUGUUUGUCUUCGGCAUGCCGGGACAAGCGAGCAUACCUUAGAUAGCCCCCCUGAUGCAAUGUCAUGGUGAUAAUAACAACUGGUGGGUUAUCCCGGUGAAGACAUGUAACCCACUUGGAUAUUGUUAUUCCCGACUUCGGUAUCA